CACGACGUAGGUCCAGCUGACUUCGUACCACGAGUUCAAUUUUGUCAGUGGAUACUGAAUCAGUGUUUACAUCAGCCGAACUUCCUGAAUCACGGGUUAUUCACAGACAAAACGCAGUUUACAAGGGAUGGAUGAUUCAACUGUCAAAACAGCACAGUUUUCUGUCAGUGUCUUGGUGGGCAUCAUUGACGAUCACUUGAUUGGGCCUUUCCUCCUACCACUGCAACUCAAUGGGCCCUUUUACAAGGUGUUCCUGGAAUGUAUCCUUCCGGCUUUGCUAGCAGAUUUGCCACCGAUUGUGCAGAGGCAAAUGUGGAUACAGCAUGAUGGAGCACCAGCACACUUCAGCAUUGUAUCAUGAGACUACCUGGAUGCUGCUUUUCAUGGUCGUUGGAUAGGAAGAGGAGGCCCAGUGCCUUGACCACUCCGAUCCCUAGACUUGACACCACUGGACUAUUUCCUCUGGGGCCAUGUGAAAAGCUUGAUCCACGACACGCCCAUGGAUAAUGAAUUCGAGGUGCUGGCCAGAAUACUUGUUGAAUGUGACGUGAUCCGUGAGACACCUGGACUAUUUGAAAUGGUGCGCCCAAGUUUCUUUCAUCGAUGUAACGCAUGCAUUGAAAAUGGAGGGCGCCAAUUCCAACAUCUACUCUAGCAGAAUCAGGUAACUCACCUGUAGUUCUGAGCUGAUGUUCUUCUAUCGGUGCUAGACUACAUCAGAGGGAAUUUUAUUACCUGCAUGAGUUUAAUGGCAAAAUUGACUACUGAUUCACUUCAUUCAAUUUAUACACUUUUAUGUAGCGUUCUAGAUGCUGCCAGCCAGCUGGCCGGUAGGAAAAUUAUGGCGUCGAUGUCACCGUCUGAGCGACGCCUACAGAAAGAGCUCAUGUCAUUGAUGAAGGAACCUCCACCAGGUGUUACUGUAGAUGCUGAAGGUGCUGGGCAAAACCUCACACAGUGGAUCAUUCAUAUGGAGGGUGCUCAAGGAACUCUGUAUGAAGGGGAGCAGUUCCAGCUACAAUUUAAAUUUAGUGCAAAGUAUCCAUUUGAUUCACCAGAGGUGACAUUUAUUGGUCCAAACAUUCCAGUCCAUCCCCAUGUGUACAGCAAUGGCCACAUCUGCCUGUCAAUCCUCACAGAGGAUUGGUCACCUGCGCUCUCUGUCCAGUCGGUGUGCCUCAGUAUUGUUUCUAUGCUCAGCAGUUGUAAAGAGAAGAAGAGGCCUCCUGACAACUCCUUCUAUGUAAAAACCUGCAAUAAAAAUCCGAAGAAGACCAAAUGGUGGUAUCAUGAUGACUCUGUAUAGGACCAGCUGUGAUUUAGUGAGUACAGACUUGGACAGUAGAUCGGUCAUUAUGAAAGACGAUCCACUUCUAUGUUUCACACUUUAUUCCACCCAAAUUAUUGUUUUGUGUGCAGAACGUCUCACUGUGUGGUGCAUCGCAGUUGGCCAAAGAGGAACAUAUCCAGUGCCUGUAUAUUGAUGUGUAAAUAUCAGAAUGAUGAUUCUACUAAUUUAUAUUGUAAUUAACCUUUUAAUUUCCUUGACAAAGAAAUUUGUGGUGAAGAUUUAAUUGCAGUGCUGCAAGGCUUUUCUUUGAUGUCUGUGGUCAGAUGUAUAUAAGUUCUGCAUUUAUUCCAACAAAUAGCAGCUAGGUUAUGUGACAUUUCAUGUACAGCUGUGGACAGGUUUAGGCACCACAUUCCAAUAAAAACAAUUACAGUGUA